AAAGAGCCGCCCGGUGCGGCGAAGGCGGGCGCAGUGAUCCGAGGCGAGCAUGAGUGUGCGGGUAACGGCGGCAGGUAUCUCUUAGUGUUAUGGGUGAUACAAAAGACACUAAAAUGCAGAUAACGCCAGAAACUCCAGGGCGAGUUACCAUCCUGAAUCCUUUUGAAAGUCCCAGUGAUUAUUAUACUCUUCAGGAACAGAUUGUUUCCAGUCCUUCAAUCUUUAAAUCAACAAAACCCUCACCCACACCAGGAAAAUUUAGAUGGUCUAUUGAUCAGCUUGCUGUAAUAAAUCCUGUGGAAAUUGACUUGGAAGAUGUUCAACGCCAAGCAAUGUAUUUGAGUCAUGAUAGAAUUGAUAAGGAGACAGAAGACAGAAGGCAAAAAGCCAUUGAGGAGUUUUUCACAAAGAGGCUCAUAGUUCCUUCUCCUUGGACUGAACAUGAAGGCAAGCAAGUUUCACAGUUUAAUUCAGCCAUAGAUCUAAAUAACCUUUCUCCAAUUGGAAGACAACUAACUUUGCAGCCUGGGAAAAGCAAUGCUGCUUGUCAGACAGUACUGUCUUUGCCAGUGGAUUUUAAUUUAGAGAAAAUACUAGGUGAAUAUAUCAGAACUGAUGAAUUUUCAGAUCAGUCUCAGGGAAAUCUGAGCUCUUCGUCACUCAGAAGAAAGCUGUUUUUAGAAGAAAAUGGAAGUGUGUCUGAGUGUUUGUCGAUUUCUCCACAUAGUCCAUGUGGUAGUCAGCCACUUGGAGUGCUUUGUUCAAUAGACAUCUCUCCAGUUCGGUGCAGAAGCCCUCUAGAAACACCUAGUUCAGGUCAGAUUUCAUCAAGUCCCAUUCAGGGAGGAGCAAGUAUUUACAGUCUGGGAAGUAUAACCAGUCCCACGUUUCCACAAGGGUCUCCUGCACCUAAUGGUUCUCCUGCUUUUUCACCGAUUGCUUUUCACAUAAGAAAGACACCACUGUCAGACCAAAGAAAAUUUACAUUUUGUUCUCCAGAUAUUCCUUCUUCCUCAAAUAAAAUGACACCCCCAGCUACAAAAAGUCCUUAUAUAGAUGGUUGUUCUCCAAUUCAAAAGUCUUCUCCUAUGAGGCUUGGAGCAUGCAGAAGAGCUACCCAGUUUCAGACUUCCGUCAUUAGGUUACCGAUUGCAGUUGAGAACCACGGUGAGGAUGGGGAAGACAAGGAGAAUGCUGCUUCAGCAGAAGUUCGGUUCCCAGAAAUGGAUAAUGGAAUAACCUUACGCCAGCAAGAUGGGGAUACUUUUACACACGGCACACAUCUUGUGGUAGCAACUGUGUCUAUUGCACCAGAUCACUCAGAAGCUUGUCAUCAAAGGCUGUCAUCGUUUCAGGAUAUAGAAGGCUCCAAGGAAAAUAAUACUGUAGAUAUGGCUGACAUAGCUGAAGUGUCAGAGGAAAACACUUGGAUAAAAGAAACAAUUGGCAAUAGCAAUGCACCAAUGACCAGCUUUAUGACAGGGAUUACUUUCAGUAUUGAAAACUCUCGCAUGUACAUGUCACCUCUUGCAGAAAGCAGUGCAAUUCCAUGUGACAACAGUAGUAUUCAGGUGGACAGUGGUUAUAGUACACAGACUUGUGGAAGCAGCAUUAUGGAUACUGCGGGGGCCCAAAACAGUUGCAGAGAAAAUGAUGUGAACACUAACAUGUUUCAGAAUAAAUCUCAGCUGCUUAGAACAAAGGAGUUUUCUGUUUUAAACCAUAAGGACAAUCAGUUGCUGAGAGCAAAAUCUCCAGAGAAGCAAUCCUGCUUCCAAAAAGCAAAACCACAUUGUACAGUAUUUGGUCAAAAUGCAACUUGCAACAUUUCUGCCUGGAAACAUCAAAAUGAAAAUCAAGUUCAGGGAUUUCACAAAAGCAAUAUGUAGUUCUGUGAUGGAGAAGUUUAAAUUGUGUUGUCUAAUAAAUUUUUAUGUUUAUGACCUCAGUUACCUGGAUUAUACAUACUAUUUGGUUUUUUUAAUGCAAAUGUAAUAAAUUGUCUGGUAUGUAUUAAGGGGGUUUUUAAAUAAUGUGGGGUUCAUCAGGUUUUAUGAACAAAUGUACUGGUAUCAUUCAGCAACCCUUUUGAAAAUUAAGGCAGCUAGACUUGGUAUAAGGAAACCACAAUAGGUUUGGUUUUUCGAAUUGUGUUCUUUCUGUGAUUAGGAUAGAUUCCAUGAGGAGCCUUGUUUUGAAAGGUUGGACCUAACUUGAGCUUGAAUAGGAAUAUUUCGGAUAGGCUGAGCAAACCUGAGGUAACUUGCAUCGGAGCCAGUGUAACUGCAAAACUACCUACAUUUUAAGGCACAACUUAAAAAGGCAUGAGGGAAAUUUUUUGCAGGGGGGCAGAGAAAAAGGAGCGUUUAGUUUUUGUUCGAUUGCUUUUUCCCUGACCAGAUCUAUUGUGUGGCUUCAGGAAUGCUAGCAGUGGUGCCAAGAAAGAGUCGCUGGACAGGAGUGAACUGCUGGGAGUGUGAGGAGAGCAGGGCUGGGCUGAGCAUCAGCGUCAGUCUAAAGGAGUAGUGGUGGAACUCGGCUCUGACUUCAUGAGGAAGCAAUAAAACUAAUGGCCCAGAAACGAGUCCCUGGAAUGUAUAUAUAUUUUUAUAGUAGACUGCAAACUGUUAAAAACAGGGGCUUUGAUUUUAAUACCAGGCUAGUUCUUUUAAUUAGAUUUUCCUUGUGAACAGCUGCAUGACAACUCCAUUCUAGUUAUGGAAGUUUUGUACUUUUCCACAAUUACAAAAAAAACCAAACCCCUGAAGUUGAAUUUUAUUAGAAAUAAAGUUUAUGCCCAAAGAAGCCCACUAAUCUUGAAGUGGAUCACCUGACUCCACCAGUGCCUCCUAAGAGCACUUUGUCCAAACUGAUGCUCUGGUACCCUGUUGAGGGAAUGUAAGAAGGUGCGAGAAGGUUAGUUGGUCUCAGUACAUCAUUAAGAGAGUGGUGCAGCCUUCCUAUUUGUAAACCAUUACACUCUUACUUCCCUUUUAUGUUUAAUUCCCAAUACUACUUACUAUACUGUAAGCAACUGUUAGGUUGCUUACAGAAAUUGCCAAAAUAUUUAAUAGAUAAACAUUUAGAAAUAUAAUUAACUGUUGUAUGGCACUUACUGCAAAAAGUAUUAAUAUAAAAGUCGUGAUACUUUCAAGAAAACCACUGAUGAACAAAAGUACUGGAAUGAGGAGGGUCUGGAAGGCCAGAACUCCCUUUGCCUAAUCAAAUCAGAUUUGAUUAAAUUUGAUUUGUUUAAAAGAACCUUCUGGAAGUUCUAUAUGUGAAUGUGGAGGCGGGGAGGGAAUCCAUAUGGUAAUGUUGUAGACCUAGUGACUAGGAAGAGGAGAUAAGGGAAAUCCUGAGGUUUGUGUUUGUACAGCUCUGGAGUGAACUUUAUUGCAUUAAUCAAAGACAAAAGUCCAUUCCAGUAGGUGCUCCCCAGGUGAAGGAGCCUUUCACGCUGUCUGUAGCAAGGGCACCCAGUCCCAGGGUUCUGGGUGGAAGUUUGGGUUCCUGUUCUAUUCUGCAGCCCACAGAAAAGCUUGUACCAAAGCCCAAAACAGUUCACAGGUCAGACCUAAAUUUGAAGGUGAUGACGUUUUCUGAAAAUCUCAAAAGGGGAGGUGCAAGAAUUGUGUAGCAUUAAAACCAAAUGCCUCAGGCCCGAGACUUGUGCAAGUGGCGCAUGGAUAGAACAGCUCUUGAAAUGGUUUCAUUAAGAAUUCACCAGGGAAGGCUUUCUGAAAAAUACAUUUAAAGGGAAACUCCUGUGCCAUCAACUAAGCAUCGCUUGGGUUUAGUUCUCACAUUGCAAAAGUAGUAAUUAAGAAAAUCACUUUAGAUUCCUAACCAGCAGACAUGGACAUGCAGUGGUUUUACCUCCAUAGCAGUUUAAUCAGUAUUUCAGUAAUGCAUAUGGGAUCGAUAGUAAUUGAACCUAAUGUCCCGAAGUAUCUGUUUCACCACCUUGAAGCAGUGCCCUCCUACAAGGUGGAAAUGCACUGAACUGGUAACUUUUAGGGGAUGAAUUUUGUUGAAGUAGAGAAUGAGCUUGGACUUCUGCAAGAUGAAUUUAUUGAAUAGGGCCUUCAUAACGUCCUUAGCUUUAGCUUGUAAGGUUUGUAUCUAUCUCCAAAGCAAGGCACAACUUGUCUGAGGUUUAAAAGUUAGUUAUGACUUUGCAUCCUUUUAACAAUAAUCAACUAAAAGGGUGAAUUUCAGAUCUCCAGACUGUACAAAGGAUUUAUUUUUGCAAGUGUGAUUACUAAAGGUAGGAAUAAUGUUAAAGGGGAAGAUGAGAAGCAGGGUGGUCCAAAUGAUGAUCUGUUUCUGAACUGUUCACCAUAACAGCUGUACUUAAGAUUAGGUUUUAUUUUUUUAAUUAAAAUUUUUGAUUCUUGAUGUGUUCAAUGAUCAGAGGCUUUCAGAGUAUUUGCAAAUAAAAAAAGCAAUCACUAAGCUAUUUAACUGCACCCUGUAGAAGUGUUUUCUUAAGGGUAAGAGAAAUGUAACAGCAGAAACGAGUGAAUGUGAGAAGUAAUUAAGGAUCCCCCCAAAUAAGUUGCCUGUAUUUUCUGUCUUGUUUUAUAGUCUUCAAUUGGAUGGGAAUUAUUUAUUUUAUGAAAGCGUGCGUGUGUUUUAAUGUUGUUUGUGUAACUGCUUUGUAUAAGAAACCUGCUGUGCAAAUUACCAUGGAAAUCGUUUGACCAUUCUGUUUCUCUGGUUGUACUUCACACGUUGGUUGGCACACGUUGCACAAAACGGUCAUUGUUUACAUUAAAUUAAUUACAGUUUUAAGGAAAGUCCUUUAACAUAAAUGUAUUAAUUAUACAUUGAAUAGUGAAACAGAAUAAAGACAUCUCUUUCACA